CGGCAGGAGCUCCAGGCCAACCUCAGGCCACCGCCAACUCCGCCCGGCGUCUGGGAGGCGCUGGCUGCGCACCGGGCGGCGGAGGCGGGACCGUCUUGGGUCCCCAAGGAGAUCCGGGAGCGGUGAGUCUUGCCAUCCACCGAGCCGAAGACCCUUGGCCUGAUCAGACACCGACCAGACACUCCUGGGGUCGAGCUAAGCCCGGGCUUCUGCACUUUGCUCUCGCUACCGACUUUUCUCGCCCGCCGUGUUGCUCAGGCUCGGGACACUUCACCUGCCCUUGGUUUUCCAGAGUAGCACUGAGAUGUUCGUCCUCAGAGCAUGUCGAUGCCAAGGCAAAAGUGGAGACACUCGUAAUGAGCCCAGUAGUGAAUUCCUAAGAAGAAAAUAAUGGAUUGCAUAUUACUUGUUCUCUAAUUGUUUGAACUCAGAAGUGUGCAGGUUUGUUGCAAAAGCCAAAAGAAGAUGGCAACUCCUUAUGUCCCAGUUCCUAUGCCAAUAGGGAACUCUGCUUCCAGUUUUGCAACCAACAGAAACCAAAGAAGUUCUUCUUUUGGGAGUAUCUCAACAAGCUCAAACUCUUCCAAAGGCCAGUUAGAAGACUCAAAUAUGGGUAAUUUUAAACAGACAAGUGUACCUGAUCAAAUGGAAAGCACUUCAUCUGUCUGUAGCAGUCCCCUCAUUAGGACUAAAUUUACAGGUGCAGAUUCUUCCAUUGAGUAUUCUGCUAGACCAAGAGAAAGUGAAGAACAAAAUCCUGAAACAGUGAAUUUGGAAGAUAGACCUUCUACACCUAUUAUCCUGGGUUAUGAGGUGAUGGAAGAAAGAGCUAAAUUUACUGUAUAUAAAAUACUAGUAAAGAAGAGUCCAGAAGAAAGCUGGGUAGUUUUUAGAAGAUACACUGACUUCUCUAGGCUUAAUGAUAAAUUAAAAGAGAUGUUUCCAGGCUUUCGAUUAGCACUUCCACCAAAACGCUGGUUUAAAGAUAAUUACAAUGCCGACUUUUUAGAAGAUAGACAAUUAGGAUUACAAGCGUUUCUUCAAAAUUUAGUAGCUCACAAGGACAUUGCUAACUGCCUUGCAGUGAGAGAAUUUCUUUGUCUGGAUGAUCCACCAGGUCCAUUUGAUAGCCUAGAAGAAAGCAGGGCUUUCUGUGAAACUUUAGAAGAGACAAACUACCGUUUUCAAAAAGAACUACUUGAAAAACAAAAAGAGUUGGAAUCACUGAAGAAACUGCUCUGUGAGAAGCAACUUCUUAUAGACACUCUAGAAAACAGAAUCAGGAACUUAUGUUUGGAACCGGAAGAAUCACUGCUCGUGUCAGGAACAGAAGGUGGACAGAUCCUAAAGGUGGAGUCCUCUGCACUUGAGGUUGAUCAGGAUGUCUUAGAUGAAGAAUCUAGAGCUGAUAAUAAGCAAUGCCCAAGUUUUAGUGAACCUGAAAAUUCCACAUCAGACAUAGAAGUAGCAGAAGUGGCAUAUAAUGCGGAAGACGACUAAUGCAUCUCAAGCGGUUCCUUCCAUUUUUACGUUCCUGCAAAUUUAGAAUAGAGUAGCAGAUAUUUAAAAAGAAAGAAAGAGACUGAAGCAUUUACAGAAAACAGCAAGAUUGCACAUGUAUAAAGUUUACAUAAAGAAAAAUUUAAGUUAUUGGUAUAGGAAAUAUAUUCACUGUUGCUUUACAUUGUCUUGUAGCCAAACUUUGUAUUUAACACACUAAAAAAAAAUCUAGAGUUCUGUCAUCAAGGCCCACAUCCUUAAAUACUGUGCAUAAAUUAUUUUGUUGUUUUGCCAGUAUAUUGCUCCAGACUAACGUGGGUGUGCACACUUUGUGUGUGUGUGUGUGUGUGUGUGUGUGUGUGUGUGUGUGUGUUUAAAUCACCAGUUACAUUAGUUAAGUGGACAUAAAUUGCAUGUUGCUGUCUGUUGGUUAUAUACUUCCUUGUGUCUCAGACAUGAUAUAUUUUCAUUAAUGGUUUAAAUAAGUGGUAAAGAUGAAUUGAGUUUUAAAUGUUGACAUGUUUAUCACCUCUAAAUAAAAGUUGCUUAUUUGGAAUGUUACUAUUUAAAAGAAGAAAACUUUCUAGUACCAAAGGAAAACUCUUUGAAAGAGCUGUAAUAACAUAGCUAAAGUGAUAAAAUAGCCUUGAUUUUAAAAACAAAUUCACUAAUAUCAAAAUACUAUAAUAAAUGUUGUACCAGUGUAUUAUAUGUUAUACUUGUAUAUUUUCCACAUAAUCUUUAUCUUAAAUCCCUACCUAUAGAAUCAGUGGGUUUGCCUUUGUCAGAACACUACCUCUUUUUGCUAAUCAAGGCAUACUCUUUUGAAAAUAUAGACUGUAAGCAAAUAGGCAGUUAUA